CAUCUUUAGGAGAGGCAGUUGAAGUGGGUAGGCGUUUAUUUUUUAUUUUUUGCCCGGAGAUGGGAGGAGCUGGUCCGUCGUUCACUCCUAAUUGAGCGAUUGAGUCUGCCUGCGGCUCGCGCGGGACGCGAAAGAUGGCGGAGUGCCUUGGCGGCGACGGCGGGGUCUCUUGCCCCCCAAGGGGGUCGCGCCAAACGUGGUGCCUCAAGCGAGUGGGUAUGGGCGAAGAGUGGCUGCUGCUGGAGGACGGGAGCGAGGUAACUAUAGGCCGUGGAGCUGGUGUCACCUACCAACUGAUGUCAAAAUCUUGCCCAUUGAUGAUAUCUCGGAACCACUGUGUUUUCAAGCAGAAUACUGAUGGUCAAUGGAUGGUGACAGAUAAUAAGAGUCUAAAUGGUGUCUGGCUGAAUUGUGAACGCAUUGAUCCAUCCAAGGCCUAUCUCUUACAAGAAGGUGACUAUAUCCAGUUAGGAGUGCCUUUAAAACACAGAGAAACAGCAGAGUAUGAAUAUAUAUUAAUAAAGGAAGAAUGGAAGAAAGUUAGCCAGUUUUUAGCAUUGAAAAAUGACCAGCUGACGGAGAAAACAAAGGACAUGAGGGCUAAACGUAAAAUUAGCUUGGAAGAAUCAGAGGCAUCUGGAGCAGAAGGACCUUCCAAUUCCAGAUCCAAAAGAGAUAAAGUGUCUUUUGAUAAUGACUCUUUGGGGAAAUCGGAGGGAGGCAGGGCAGAACUGUCCAAGCAGCCAACAGAAAACAUGGACAUAAUGCUUCUCUCUCCAAGACCAAGCAAGAAGGAGAAGAAGAAAAAUCAUUGUUGUAUUGUGCAACCUGAGCAUGUGUUACCUCUUGCCUCUGAGGACCAAAAAGCUCCCAAACUGGCUCAGUCUUGGAAUGGUUUGGAACAGAUAAUGAAAACUCUGGCAGAUAUGACAGAACUAAAAGCCAAGAUGCAGGAGAAGCAGACAGCAGUCUUGAAUGUGAGGCAAAAGAACAAGAAGUGUGCUCCAAAAGAGAUCCAGGUUUUGGAGCAGGAGUUGCAAGACCUGCAGGACCAGUUAUGCACUGAGCAGCAGCACCAGCAGCAAAGAGUGGAACAGUUGGAGAAGACCUUCUAUGAAGAGAUGGAGGGAACAAAGGAGGAAGAAGGAGAAGUGAGAGUGAAGGAACAACUGGCUGAGGUUCUGAUGCAGCAUCGUGCUCUGAUGGAGGAACUGAGCCGUAGCAAGAAGGAUUUUGAAGAAAUCAUAAAAGCCAAGGAUAGGGAGUUGAAAGAGACCAAGGAGGAGAAGGAGAGGGCAAGAGCACAAAAGGAGGAGGCUUUGAGCCAGAUGAAUGACGUCCUGGAGAAUGAGCUGCAGUGUACAAUCUGCUCUGAACACUUCAUUGAGGCUGUCACUCUAAACUGUGCGCACAGCUUCUGCUCUUAUUGCAUCAAGGAAUGGAUGAAGCGCAAGUUGGAGUGUCCAAUCUGUAGAGGGGCAAUAUUUUCGAAGACAAGGUCACUGGUUCUGGACAACUGUAUUGAUAGGAUGGUGGAAAACCUGGAUGAUGAGACGAAGCACCGUCGCCUGUCCCUCAUCAAAGAACGAAAAGGGGAGCAGGUUGCUCCGGAGAGUCCCGCAUCAGACAGUGAGAGCAGCAGCCUGAUCUCAUCUUCAGACAGCGAGAGCAGUAGCGUUACCUCAACACUAGACAGUGAGACCAGUAGCCUUACAUCCGUGCACUCCAUGUCUAUAAGCAGCUAUGAAAGUGAUGACGAUGAGGGGGACUCGGAUAGCCACCAUGUUAUCUGAAUCAUCUGCCCAGCCUCUUUGCAGCUGGUUGGAUUCUGCUCAGGGUGUUUUCUGGGAGAAAAGAUUGAACAUUUGGAAGAAUGAAGAGACUGGAAUUUAAAUUGUGGCAGGGUCCUUUUUGUUUUUCCUUAAGUGGAUGUAUGAUAGCCUCAUUUCUGAAGCAUAUGAUCCAAAAUUGUAGGAUUGAACACUCAUUUUUCACACUGGAGCCAUGGUCACUAAACUUUUUGUUCUUGCAGCAAUAGUUCAGGGAGAUAAUGCCCUUCUGAGCUUGAAGAAAAUACUUUCCUCUCAUCAGCUGAAUAACUACUUGAGUGUAUUUGGCAUCCGUUGUGCAGGGUGGGUGCAUCAAGCAUACUGGCAGAGUUGGGAUUAAGGGCAGAUUUUACUUUAGGAAAAAAUGUGGCUGACAAUUUGGACAGAGGCAAAGAUCAAAGUUGCUUUCCUCCUUAAAUAACUUCUGCCUGUAUAGCUGGAGAAAAUCUCAAUGUCUGAGGCUGGCCUUUUGCUUUUCCUGGCACAGGGAAGGAGGCAAGAGCAACCCUGUGGCUCAGGCAACAUGCCAAAUUGCCCUUUUUCUGUGACAUCUAAUUGACCCACCCCUUGUCCUGAUAUGUGUCCCCCUCAGUCAUUGUCUGCUGCUGGCAGGGGCAGAGAAACACGUGUCAUGAUGAUGUCAGAAUACGGGAUGAGCCAAACUAGAUGCUAUGGAGGGGGAGCCACAUGAGGCAGCCCCACAUUAUUUGCACUGUGUAGUUGCACAUCCUGGGGCAGCGGUAUGCUUGUUUGCAGUGAGUGGGCAGUUAACACAUGACUAAUUCUCCUGAUGGAUCCAUAAGGGUGUUCAGUCUAGCUGCUCAGCAAGUAUGACUUAUUUAAAGUACCAUUUCUGAGAUAAGUUGUCGAGAUGACAUUUGUCCUACCCGAAGCCACAAAGAGUUAUGUAGCAUCUUAGUCAGUUUCCUGCAAGCUCUAUUUCUAAAAUUGAACAAAAAUUGUAGUAGUGCUUUAUUGGGUGAAAAGCCUUUGGCCGAUUGUUGAAUAGCUGGAGUGGCAGAAUGAAGAAGCUGCAUUUCUGGUGGCAGUGAUGAACAGUAUCAAUGUUGCUAUUAUAAUAUUGAGUUUGCAGCAACCCAGUCAGGGGAUUUCAGCUUCAAAUUAGCAAGCAAUUGACUAGAAAAGGGAGCCUUCUUUUAUCUGUUUAGUAUAACCUGAGUUUACUUAUUAUUUUUAUUUAUUUAAAAGGCACAAGUGUAAAAGAAUGAUCUUUUUCCCCUCUGGUGCAUUUUCAUAAGCUAAUGUCUGUUUUUCACACUUCUGGAGAAAUAAGUGCAUCUAUACUACUCACUUGUUCUGUCUGUAAGCCAGCCGAGUCUGGCUGCUGUUGGUCUUCUUUAUGUUUUCAUGUUAAAUUCCAAACUCUCUAAUAUGAAUAACUGGGUAUUUUAACAUUCUUAUUUAACUUUCUCUCUGCUAAGUAGUUGUAAAGUCACCUUAGUAGUUUAUUGUCAAUAAAUUAUUACAGGAGUUUCAUAAAUUCCAGGAUUCUGUUUAGGUCGCUCUGUCUUGAAGGUGUCCAUAGUACAGGUAUUGCAAUGGAUAAAUAGGACGCAUGGCCAUACAGUACCUGCACUCCAGUUGUAGCAUUAUGCUCUUCAAGCGGUGAUGUCCAUAGUUGCCCUUACUCUGGAGCAAGGAGUCUAAUUCUGGUGUAAAACUCUUUGCUCUAUAGUAAGGAGUCUUUUCUCCAGAGUAAGACACCUUGUUUCUUAGGGAAGUUAUGGAUGUCACUCCGCAUUGCUCAAUAGAGAAGUGCUUUUUUAAUUUUAGAAACGUUGAAAAGUGAUUUUUCUUUUAAAGCCAAGUAGUGCAUGAUCACUUAUAGGGAGGUUUCUCAAACAAUUCCCCACCUCCCCCCUGCCAUGAGCGCUGACUUCUGCAGUUGCCAAAUAGUGGGAAUUACUUGGAACAAGAAUAUGCCUGAAGGGGUUAAAUGAGACACAGGCCAUUUGUGUCAACAAUUGCUAGCUGGGCCCUUUAUGAACAAUGUUGGACCUUGUUCCACUUUGUUCCUUCUAUCUGACAACUGCGAAAGCUGUUUGUGAGGGGGGGGGGCUACUUUUCUGAAUGUUUUCUAUGUGACUGUUCUGUAUAUGAAUGCUUCCUUCACAUGGGAAAGCCACAUGUGGAUUGUGCAGUGACAAGUAGAGGUGUUUGUUUCACUAUGCGUCCAUUGCAGUGAAGUUGCUGUUGCUUAAUAUGUGCACAUUGUGCACACACUGUAAAACACCAUCAUUUUCCACAUGUGACAGUAUACAUCUUCGUUUUUGCGUAGAGCUGAUUUUUUUUAAAAAAUCAUAAUUGUGAAGCAGCUCUCAGAAUCAAAGAGGGGUCAAAUAUCUACCCUGGGAAAGAAACAUUUAGUUAUCAGUUGAUGGAAGGAUCUCCUUGCCACUCACCUUAUCAAAUGGGUUGUGUUCUUGCAGUGAUCUUAAUGUGGCCAGCCAUUUAAAAGCAUUAAGUGCUUUUCUGGUGUAAACCUUAUUACUUAAAGUAAUUGGGUUACAUUGAUGGGAGAGCAUGGAAGACUGGGCUUCUCAUGCUUGUGGGUGUUUUUUUGUUUUUUUUUUAAAAAUAGUGAGUUUGUAGUGCAUGCAUUUGUUCAGGAGUGCUUGCACAUGUUAUAUCAACUAUUCACAAACAACCUGGCUUUUUCUUCAGAAAAGAUGAGAGUACUUUUCCAGAGUUCAAAGAUUAGGAUUAUUUCAUCAGUUACAUGUGUAUGUUGUACAUCUCCUUUUUGUUGUUUGCUUGUUCUUUUUCUCAAAUAUAUACUGCCUUUUUCUAGUU